GUACCCUUCAAAUGACCCUUGUUCCAGUUUAAUAAUUUAAAAUUUGAUCUAAACUACUUGAUCGUUAAUAAAAUAUAAUCAAAAAAAUAAAUAAGAAAAAUAUUUAAAGUGAUUCACUCAUAAUAAUCUUAUUUUAAAUUUAUUCGAGAUCAAAUACAAACAAGAAUGUUAAGUUUUUUCAUAUUAAGCUUUUUUACAACAGGUCUAGUUACUUCAAUCGAGCAAUCUGAGUUGAAUUUUGGCUAUAAAGAUGUAGCAUGCAACCUAUUGGAAUUGGCACAAGAGAAAAGUUUACAAAUUAUAAAAGAAGAACAAUUCACCAGGAAUAUCAUUGAAUAUAUAUUGUCAAUAACAUGUGAAAAUAUAAAUGAUAUGAAUAAAAAACUUCAGUGCAAACAUUCAAUGGUUAGUGAAACAAGAACACUCCUAAAAGAUUUCAUUGAAUUCGUCGAAUCCAAUCGUUUCAAAACAAUGGUGAAUUGGUGUCAGUCCACAUUGGAAACACCUCAACAUGGUAAUUCCAGCUUUUUGUGUUCAACAUGUGAAAUGGCUGUAUCAUAUUUGAAAACUUUCAGUAAAUCUGAAGAAGCAAAAUCAUUUGUACAUCAAGCUCUUGAUAAAAUUUGUUCACUAACUGGAUCUUUUCAAGUUCAGUGCUCAUUUCUAGGAGGAAUGUUCAUUGACAAAUACAUUGAUACAAUCUCUAGCAUGGAUCCAGAUUCGGCUUGUAUGGUAAUUUAUUAUUUUUUAAAAAAUAAUAUGAAAACAUUGAACAUUUUUUUACUUGAACACAAAUCUUAGUAAAGUCAUAUUUAAAAGGAAUGAAAAACUAUUUUACACACUUUUAGAGGAAUUUCAAUCAAUGUGAGUAAUUAGUGUUUUGUAUAUCUACAGAUGGAUAGUUUUUCUGAAUGAAAUAUAACUAACACUGAGGUAUCAUAAAUGAUUUUAUUGCUGAUUGUAUAUACAUAUAUAUAUUUAAUUAUAUUCGCACUAUUCCGCUUGAAUAAGUACCUACUGCCAACAUAUAAACAUGAUAUUAGGUCACUAAACCCUGUAGGAUUGUGAUAAUUGCCGCUUAUCAGCUAUAACACUAUCAUUACUAAUAGUGAAUAAAGUAAUAUGAUAUUUUACCAUUAAAUAUUUUUGUUUUAUUUAAUGAAAGAAUGUCAGUAAAUAUAAAUACUGAUUGUACUAAAUUCUAAUAUCUAUAGAUUACAUGUUACCAUGACAAGAAUCAAUCUGGUUAGUUUGAAAUUUUUAUGAACGUAUUUUGCGAAAGAACUGUAGGAUAAAUAGGUAUAUGUUAAGGAAGAAAGAAUGAUUUCCAGAAAUUCCGAUUAUUUAUUGUCUGAUACGAUGAAACGAUAAUUUUAGAUCUUCACAAUUUAACAUAUUGAAAUGUAACUACAAUAGACAUUUAUUACUCAUAAGCGAUAACCGAACCAAGUAAUCUAUUCAGUACAGACAGUGUGUUGUGUGCUACUUAUGUCGACAGAUAUAAGUAGUAUUUAACAUCAAUCGAAAGUGGAAUGCCUGACAGUAGAAGGUUGAAAAGAUUGAAUAGAACAGUACGGAAACAGAGAGUGGUUGGUAUGGAAACGAAGGGACAACAAAGUCUAGGACAAUUGAUGAACAUUUUGCAAAUGAGUUAUUGAACAUAUAAACAAAUAACUCUGUAACUCUUUGUUCAAAUACAUUUGGUUGUCCCGUUUACGUCCCCGUUCACUACGAUAGUUUACUGAAACAAAUUCGUGCAAAACGAAACAAAUACUCAGUUGGAUGAAUAACUUUGCAUUUUGCAGACUUUCAUUCCUUUACUUCAACGUAGUAUUUUUUUUUACAAAUUUAGAGUAUCAAACUGAUUACAUAACAUUUACUGACUUCAUUAUGUAUGUCAGUCGAUUUGUGAUCGUUGACGUCGACGUUAACUAAUUGCAAUGAAUCUCAAAUGUAUAUUUAUGCUUUGUUUUCUUAAAUUUUCAUGUUGUUUUCAGACAAUGCACAUGUGUUUAUGAAAAUAGAUACGGUCAACUUAAAUAUGUAAAAGAAGAUUUCGGUUUAAUUGAAAUCGAUUUUAUUACUAAAAUUAAUUACUUAAUGUUUGUAAAUUUAAUACACCAUUUAAACAAAGUUUUGAAAAAUACUUUUAUUAUAUAUAUACAUGAAGCAUUAAAAUAAAUCGUAAAAACAUUAUUGGUUAAAUGAACAGUAAGUGAAACAUUCUGUCUUCAUUACUGUUUUAAUAUUUGUUCGACACAAACAUUUGAAUUCAGGACUCGCGUUUCAUUCUAUUUGCUACUCGUCAGUUGGAUUUACCUGUAUUUCAGAGUUGAUAUUCACUCUGAGACUCAAACUCAGUACUGUUCGUUUCAAACGCCAUCGCGUUAUCCACUUAGCUUGUGAAUUAAGUCAAUAUCGAGGCGAAACGCAGAGUAUGCAUAUAUUCCAAUAAAAAAAUUGAUCAAUUCCAGUCCUAAACAACAAUAGGAAGAUUCAAACAAACAGUACUAAGUGAAAUUAAACUUCACCUCAUUGUACAAGCAAGUGGCUAUCAGGACUCAGUAGUUAAAUGGAUAAAGAAAUAGCGUUUGAAGAGAACGGUAAUGGAUUCAAGUCCCCGGAGAACAUCAACUCUGAGAUGAAGGUACAUCCAGCUAAUAAGUCCCUAUAUAGGACGAAACGUGGGUCUUGGAUUCCACUGCUAUCCACUAUCCAUCUUUGCAUCUAAUACUUGUGAAUUAAGGCUAUAUCAAGGCAAUACGUACAGUAUGUACAUGUCUCAAUAAGAGACUGAUUACUUGCAGUCCUGAACAUCACUGAGAACAUUCAAACAAACAUUACCAAGUGAAUGAACAUUAUUGUUUUAACUAAAUUCUUAUCAUGAUGACAUUUCCAGAUACAAUGGUAACAAUAAAAUACAUUAUAUCAAUAAACUUAAUAAGUAAAAAUUUUAAAAAAAAUUGUUAUGAUGACAACAGGGGAAUUGUUGUGAUAAUAAUAUUAAUAAUAAAGCCUUGGAUCAGUGUUUCAAAUUAGGAAGUAGUUCAAAAAACUAAUAAUAUUCACUAUAGAUUACUAAAACUACAUAAUAAGGAGUGUUGAAAUUACUAGAUAGUGGAGAAUAUUUUAGAGAAAGGGUGAAGGAAAAUAAGCAAACAAAAGACAUCCAGAAUAAAAAUAAUAAUAAUAAUAAGUAAAAUCUUUAGCUAGGCUUUAUUUAGAAAAGGAAGAGAUAAGAAUGCUACGAAUUACUUAUGGAUAUAAGUGCUUAAGAGUUAUUCAAUAAAUUAUUGGCUAAGCUGUCUGGCUGCAUAUACGAUAUGGCUUUCUUUAUAGGAGUAGCUGAAUUCACAGAUACACAUAGUUGCGGUAAAAUCUUGUGAUUCAAUAAUUUAACUAUACUCUCUUAAUAAAUGACCAUGGAGAUUCUGGAGCUUUUAUCUACCAUCACAUUUUGCACUAACAUUCAUAAAACUCAAAAUCAUUCUUCCUAAUAAUUUAAUAUCAGCGACGAGAACUUUUGAAAGACAGUAUGGAUAAUUAUAUAACCGUAAUAAUCAAACUAUGUUUUAUAAGUUAAUUGCAGUCAGAAAUGUGAACAUUUAAAUUUUGAAUAUUCGAAUUACAGCAAUCUCACACUGUUAUUGUAAAUUACAGUCAAAGUGAUAGCAUUAUGAUUUUAAAGAGUUCCACCAUUCUAGAAAGAAACCUUUUUUCUACUUUUAUCUGGUUUAUAAAUGAUGUCAGCUUAAAAUGGAAAUAAUCGCCUAGUUAAGAUGAAUUUCAUUAAAAUCUCUGAAACAGAUACAUUUAGAAGUUAUUGUUGAUAGUUAGUUAAAACUAAAUGUAAUUUUCGAAGCUUAUCAACCGAUAAUACUAAUGUCUACAAUAAAUUUAACAUCAUGAGUUUAGUGCUAUUAUUCAUUAAUGUCUGAAAACACUUUUCAGAUCCAUGACAAAUAAAGUGAUUACGCUUUGAACCAAACUUAACCGUUCACAUUUAUUUCCAUAUUCAUGAAACUGAAUAAUGUUUUUAACCAGGAUAUACAUGUUAGUCUAUCCAGGGCUGAUAAUAUGUCUCUUAAUUAUUAUCAAUAAAACCAAUUCAUGAAUUAAUGAUUAUUUAAGCCAAUUUUGAAACGUGCUACAUUGAACUAGGUGAACGUUUUUAUCUAAAGUUGAUUGGUGUAAACACUCGAAUCAUUUCAGUAAACCAUUAGAAUCAAAUGAGCUUAAUUAUACUAUUGCACCAACUUGUAGUCGCAUGUACACUACUUUGAUUUUAUGUUUGUCUUUAGACAGUAGAGUUAUACAUACAAGAUACAUGAUCGUAAAACUAUGUUCAUUUUACCUUUAAUUAAUAUUGCUGUUUCUCAUCCAGUUCAACUGUGUAUAUUCUCCAUACAAAACAAAGCGCAUGCAAAUUCAUACCACUUAAACGUGUGGCCGCAAUACUAGUAUUUCGAUUAUUAAUUAAAUGACUAGACAACAAUUAUCAACAAUUGUAAACAUCUCAGUCUCAAAGAUCAGUCAUGGCCUGAGUAGCUUAGUGGUGAUGUCUGAAACUGUAAAGUUAUAAAAAGUAAAUUAAAAUCUCACAAGAUUUAUGAAUUCCUUCUAGAACACAGAUAUAUUUUGCUAACAGGUAUCAAUCAUCAGGUUUUGCUGUCAACCAUGCCCAACUUUUGUUAUCUUCAAAUUACAUAUCAUGGCCACUGAGCUGGCAUCCAACGGUAUUAAUGUAUAACUUCAACCAAUCCAUGAUCUUGAGUAACCAUUCUUACAUUGUCUGAGGGAGAUAACUAUCUCUACUCAACACGGAUUUGACUCCGCUGGUCAAAGUUUCUCACCAAAACUCCAUCAGAUCCAUCCAGAAGCCAGUCACUAGUGAACGUAGGUGAGGAGUUCUGUACAAGAACAAAACGACUAUCUAGUGAUUACAGGUUUUCAAAGAUUCUCUAGCUUAGAUCUGUUCAUGAAUUCAACUAAAAAACUUACUACAGUCUCCACAAACCUCCAUUCUGUUAAUGAUUUUAUUUCAUUAACAUUUUUCCUUCAAAUCUUCGUAAAAUCUAUGACUUAUUUUUGACUACUCGUGAGUAGAUAAAAAAUAUAAUAAAAGGGCGGUAAAUGUUUUUUAGAUGUUAGGUGGUGACUACCAACGAAAUGAAGGAUGCGUUUCAUCCUGCUUGGAAUUCAUUAACUAAAUGAACUGUAUCUCAAUGUCGAUUUCAAUUCUGAGACUUAAACCAAUAGCCCCCCUUAGUUCAGAAGGACACCGAAUUAAUUUUCAUUUUUAUAUUUUAUUCAUCAUGAAUUAAGAGAAUGUCGAAGUAUUAAUUCAUGCAAAAUAAAAUUUUAAAGAACGGAUUUUCAAGAAUCAAAUUCACAAUGUGAAAAAAAACGCUUUCAAAAAUAAAUUUUUGAAUAAUCGAUUCUGAAACUCUUCAACACUUCUAUGGAAGUGUAUUGUUAUCUUAUGGUUUACUUUAAAUAUGCAUUAGAAAAUUCAAUGAGUUAAUGUUAUUAAGAUAAUCAUUUCACAAUUUCACAGUUGAAUUAGUGAGUAGUAUGGUCAAUUUUAUUCACGUUAAAUUUUGAGCUCUCUAGAUCAUAAGACAAGAACGCAGAUUUGCAGAAACAUACUUUAUAUGACGGAUUAAAAUUUAAUGGAAGCAAGUUAUACGGUGUACUUCUGUCGCGUUAUAUAAAUUUUCAGUAAAGUAUAACCUCUACUUCACUCGACGUUGAAGAAGACUUUCGGUUUCAUUGUACUCAACAUGAUUAAAUAUUCUAAUUCCUAUCUGUUCGCAAGAUAUGAUGACAAUUAUUUGAUUAGUGAGAAGUUACAGUCUUCUGGUCAAACGUGUCUAUAACGAUUUGGUUACUAUAUAAUAGGAAAUUAUAUAUUUUUUAAUUGUUCUUUGGCUGAUAUCAAACUUUAACUCACCAGAGAUCUUGACAAUUAGAAUCAAUUUGUAGAAGUUUUUAAAAAAUUCUGAAAUACAUAUAAAUCCAUUACUGUACAACUAAUCAAUCUCUUGAAAUCAACAAAGUAGUCCUAUAAACAAUCAUGAAGUUAAUGCGUAAUGUUAUGCUCAUAAUAACUGAUAGCACAACAAUAGUGUUAACUCAGUUUACUGAAACUUUAUACAGCGUUGACAAAAAAUAUUUAAAAUGAUUGCCGUAAUUCAUUCAUCUCUAUAUAUAGUCACAAACAUUCACAAAAUAUAAUUCUAUUCUACCACAGUAACUGAUGUUAUCCUUAGGUUUCUUAAUGUAAAUAUAAAUGGUUACUAAGGUCCCUACAUUCCGUUUCCUGAUUAUUAUUAUAAAAAACAAGUGAAUGAAUGUCAGGUAAUCACUUUGCAUGUCAUAACUGUAAAAAAAGCAUCAUCAUUUAGUAAUUUACUUCUUGUGUUUGUUACAUAAUCUUUUAACUAUAUAAAUAUGGCUUAGUUUAUUGAAGCCUACAAAAGCGAUAAACAAUAUAUUAAAUAAUAAUAAAAGAAAGAUCAAAUAAGAAAGUAUUUUGUAUUGUUUAAAAAAUACAUUUCCAUAUAGUAAACUCAUUAAUUUCUAGUCGGUUUACUAAACAUAACAAUUUUCAAAGAUGAGUUACCUUAUAGAUUGUUUUUGUUUAACAACAAUAAACAGUCCUAAUGUGAAUAUAAAGUUACUUCAGUUUAAAUACACACACACACACCAUAAACAACUUUGUUAAGUUUCAAAAAAUCAUAACAUGGAGUAUCUUAUAGUUCCUUCUCUUUUUUUAAAAAAAAACUAUUCUCAACUGAAGUCAUUUGAGUUCUAUUUGAAUGUAGGUAGAAUAUUUAUGGUAAAAAAACAGUGGAAUAUGUCCUUAAAAUCAGGUCAAACAAAUAAUCAGGAAGUAGAAGAAAAAACACAAUGACAACAACAACAACAAAUAAGUUACUAAAAGUUGAAUUGUUUUAGUAGUAAACAGACAUCAGCACAUAAAGUUUCCAUCUUAACUGACUUUAACAAAAGGAAAAUUCGAAUGAAGUCAAAUAUCACAUGAUAUUGUUUAGUUAAAUCUUCCCAUCGAUGUUUAGGACUGCAGUUGAUCAGUCUCAUAUUAGUAUAUGUGCAUCCUGUGAAGAUUGUUUUAAGUCACAAGCUUUAUAAGCAAUGAUGGAUGGUGGUUAGCAGUGGGAUCCGGGACGGGCGUUUUCGUCCUAUUUGCGACUCGUGAGCUAGAUGUCCCUGAGUUUCAGAAUUGAUGUUCACUUCGAGACUCGAAACCAGUACAGUUUGCUUGCGACUUAACGCAAUAUCUAGGCAGUUUGCAAAGAAUGCACAUAUACCGACAAGAGACUGAUUGCAUUUUCAAACAACAACCGGAAGAUUCAAGCAAAUAAUACCAUAUGAAUGCGAAGUUCACCACAAUGCACAAGUGAGUGGCUAUUAGGACUCGUUUUCUGAAAUGAUCAUUUUGGCUUCUCUUCUUAAAAGAUUUAGUGCUGGAGAAAUAGUCGCACUCUCUUAACUCCGACUGUGUCUCUGCUAAGGCUAUUUCCGAUCCCACGUUCGAGUAAACGAGAAGGGUUAGGAAUGGCUCGAAAUCCCUAUCCUGCAAAAGGAAACAACGCCAGAAAAACGCUAUCCAGAAUAAAUAAAUGAAACCAUUUAAAACCUGACCCAAGAUACCAAAGAUGAUAAUAGAGAUCAGUUUCACAAAAAGCUCCAACCCAUCAUAGAGAAGUGCAUUGGAAACGACAUCACCAUCCUGAUGAGACACCUAAACAUCAAACUCCGAAUCGACAACACCACUUAUGAAGGUACAACCCGAUCACGAGAAUGGACUAGGAGAAACGAAGCAGAAUGUUGACAGAGCUGAAAAUUUGUGAACAUUCA